AUGAAUACCUCUCAUAGAGCACCCAAAACACGCCGCUUUUAUCAAGAACAGGCGGCCGAAAAUAAUGACGAAGAUGUAAUUAUUGAGGUUCUUUAUGACAGCGGACAGGAAGAUAUAGGCUACCGCGUUAUUCGAAAAGACAGGCCCGAAUCGUCAGAAAAACAGAAGCCAGACUCUUCAAAAAUCAAUGAUUCCAAUUUGAAUGAAAAAAGACAUAAGAGACCAGUGAGAGCUGCAAGUGUUAAGGCAGCAACUCCUACAGUGACGAGCGCGCCUAAAGAAACGCGUGCCACCAAGACCAAGAAAAGACCAGGGUCGAGUUCUGUUGGAGAUCAAGAGGCUGUCCCGAAAUCUAAAUCACCCAGAAAAGUCAAGGAGCCUGAAACCUCUAAGGGGAAAGGGAAAGAACCUACUGGGACAAAGCACAAACCGCAAUCAAAAGAAACGACUGAGAGUCGGUCUAAAAAAGAUACCGAGAGUAAAGCUCAAAAUAAGCAUGAAACUGUAAAAAAAAAUUCUAAAUCUUCAGAUGAAUCUACAAGUGAAAAGAGAAGAGAAAAGCAUAUUGCCUUCGUGGAGAAACCACAGCUGCAGCCAGCUUCUAAGCAGAAUUCAGAGACACAUUCGGUAUCGCGAGAAAGUAAUCUUUCCAAAAGUCCUCAGCAAGGUCAAAAAAGACCUGCUAGUCCAGUAAGAACCAGUACAACCCGUCAAUCGAGUUCUUUUCAAACCAAUGCGCAUACUGCUAAUCUAGAAAAAUCUACUUCUCGUUCCAAAACUUCUGUUUCUAAUUUGCAAAGACCCCUUACAAGAGCUAGAAUGGCAUCUCGGUCUAAAAGCCCUAUUGAAACACAUCAGUCUAAAUCUACUAGUAUAGCGAGAAAAGAUUUGGAACCACCUACAGAAAAGCCAGCAGAAGAAGAACAAGAAGAUGAGGAAGAAGAUGAAGAAGAGAAAAAAAAAGAAGAAGAAGAAGAAGAUUCCGAUAGUGACGAUUUGGAGAUUAUAGGACAAGUAAAUCUGCGGCCCCCGGUAAAACAACGGAGACGAAAGCGGCAGGACAAAACACAAGCUCCUAAACGCCGGCGUGUGGGCGAAGCACCUACUGAUGAUGACGAUGAUGAGGGCAACGAAGAAAAUGUUAACAUGAGAGUACGGCCAACAUUUCGACGGCGGGUUGUUUCGGAAGAAGCCCCUGAUGGGCAGAGACGAAGCGGACGCAUGACACGGUCCAUGAGCCGGACAACAUCGCCAGAUCGAGUGCGUGGUGGUGAAGGUAUUCAGUCUGUGAUUUCAUGGCGGACACGCGGGAGUACGAGUUCGAUUUUGAUGAAGGAUGGGAAACCGAUACCAGUGUUUAUCCAGUUUAAGAUUCCGAACCGGACACAGCUUGCGAGUGAUGUCAAGUCCAUGUCUGGGGAAGAUUUAUUGUUAUUCCCGACUCAAGAUUCGCUUAAUUUUACUGAUCUGGAUCAUGUGGAUGAGCUGCGGUCGACGAUUCGGUUGAACCAAUUUCGGUUUUAUAACGUGGCGCUGAUUGACGAAUCGCGGCAAGUGGGGCAUUUGCUGGAUCCUGAGCCAUACCUAUUGUAUAACCCUGAUACCGAUAAGGUUCUUCCCAAGCCACGAGAUGUUUAUGAUGGUGGGAUUCUUGAUCAAGAAGAUAAUGAAGAUGAGCAAGAGCAAGAGCCAGAUGAUGAUGAUAUUGAAGUGCUGGAGAGUGCUCCAACGGCUAAGAAGAAGAAGACUAAAGAGUUGCCGCGUGAUGCACAGAUAACACUUGCGGCUGCACUUCAAUAUAAACCACCGUUACCGCAUCCAUCUGUUGAAAUCCACUCUCCGAGGCCGCGGCAGGGCGGGCCUGAUGUUCCAUUUAUGAUGGAGGACGAAGAUGAGAAUGAGAUGCUUGAUACAAAUGCCAAUACAUUUGGUGCUGCUUCAAAUCUGAGUAACAGAAAUACAAUAAAUCAAGGGGUUGCAGGGGUUGAGGAUGAUGAUGAUGAUGAUGGGUUUGACGAGGUGCCUGGGUCAGUACCACAAGUGCCACGGCUUAGUCAUGCAGAAGCUGGUCUUCUUCGAUCUGAGAUACCUCUUCCUUCGUUUCAGGAACCCCGAUCUACGGCUGGACAUACUGUUCCAGUGGGGAAUGUCGUUUUAGGCGGGCAUCCGUUUUCGCUUAAAGAAGAUUUGACGAUUGUGAAUGCUCUGACUGAUCCACGGAUCACGGAGGAACAUGGGGGGGCUGUUGAACUUGCGAUUCAAGUUCUUGCAGAGAAAGUGUUUAAUGGGCGACGGACAUUUUCAAGUGUAUCAUCUCGAUGGAAGAAGAAGUUACAGACUGUUGUUGCGAGUGUGCGGAAUCUGGCAGCUGCGCGUGGGAUAAAACCGUUUAAUCUGAAAACAUUGUUUGUGGAAAUGAACAAGGCGCGAGAACAGGAGCGCGAGAGGCUUUCUAGUGUAAGUGUGGAUGCGCGGCGUGCAAUGCAUCGAGUACGUGGGUUUACAAUGGAAGAGGAUCAGGAGUUAUUACGGUAUUUGCUUGAGUCUGGGGGGCAAAAUGCUGGGGGCAAGAGUUUGUAUGAAAAGUAUGCGGAGACUCAUCGAUGGCGGACUGCUGAAUCUUGGCGGACGCGGUGGAUAAAGGAGUUACGCGGGAGGGUAGAGGCAUACAAGAAGAAUCCUGAGGCAACAAUUGCUGCGCGGUAUAAGGAGUUGUUGGAUGCACACCCUGCAGCAGUACGAAUGCUGAGGACAGAGGGUGCAGUGACGCGGACUCCAGUGGCGGAUUCCUGGGAUGGAAGAGCAACAGGUGCAGUUAUUGUUGAGAUGGGAGUUGUUGGUAGUAGAGAUGAUGAUGAUGAUGAUGAUGAUGAUGAUGAUGAUAAUGAUAAUUAUGAUGGAGGGGUAUCAAAGUCUGGGAUGAAUGGGACUAAUGGUGGUAGGAGAAAGAGUAAUGGGCGUGAACAGUAUUAUGGCCGUGGAGUACGGAUAGUUUAUGAGAAUGGUGGAGCAAAAGUUGGUGGAACUGCUGUGGAGAGUGGUGGUGGUAGUAAUGACAGUGAAGAGGAAGAUGAUGGUGGGGAAGAGAAUAGUGAUAGUUCUGGGUACUCAUCUUCAGGGGCGGAUAUUGCGAGUGACCGGUCCAUGGAGCUAGGGGGUGAUGAGAAUGAUGAGGAUGAUGAGGAUGAUGAGGAUGAUGAGGAUAAUGAGGAUAAUGAGGAUAAUGAGAAGAAGAAGAAGAAGGACGGUAGAUCUACAGAUAGGGCAUUCCCAUUUUCAAGAGGUGCUCAUGUUGUUCCUGUUCAUUUGCUGAGUCGAAUGGCUCGGACUACAUCAGUGUCAGGGUCCCGAGAAGUUAUUGGGUCCGAAGGAUCUGGGGAAAGCCGCAGUAAUAAAAGUAGUAGUAAUAGCAACCAAAUUUCUGCUGCUGCAGGGUAA